AUGGAAGAGGCGGAGUACUGCGAGGGCGAAGGACUGGAUGCGAUUAUAAGAAGCCUACGGGAGCUGUCUGCAGACCUGGACCACCUGCUGCUUCUGGGAUCUGACAUCAAGGAGCUUGGAAGAAAUCUCGACAAGUUCCUGUAG